GCGCAUGCGCAGUACUUGCGUUGUCGUGAGCCGCCAAUGAUGCGACCUCUGCGUUAGUUUGAGACAUUUCUAACCUUUUCUUUCCUCAGAGGGGCGUUUAAAUUGCUCUGACCCACGGAGCUCGGCCUAGCGCGGGAACACACAGGCACAGGGACACUUAAUCACGUACUAAACUGACGCACGGAGCAAACGCGGCUAACAGUUAACAGGCUAACAAGCUAAAGGCUACCAGGACAUACUCAGUUUGAAGUCGACCAAGACACACCACAAUGACAACUGUUUCUGGGUCCAGGGUGGUCUUGUAUGUUUUUGGACUCAAGACUUUUCUUCAUCGAGUGACUUCAUCUCGAGUCGUUUCUGCCGCAGCCAUCGCUGCAUGCAACACAGUUCAGCGCUCCAAUAGAUCCAGAGACAGUGCCCCCUGCAGGACCCCAGACCCUGUGCUCAUCCUCACCCCCAUGGACCACCACCUCCAAACCCUGACUACAGCGUCCCCCAGUGACCACAGCAUGCUGCGUCAGGAAGAGGACAGAUUCUUUGAUUUGGUGUCGGUAGAGUGUGCAGUGCAGCCUUGUCCUCGGUGUCUCAUCACAGAUGUGCGGCUCAUGUUCCCCGAGGCGCCCCCUUCUAGCCUCACGGUGGUGACAGUCACACAACGGACCCUGCUGGACAUGACGCGCUGGGAUGCUCAGGUGGAGCAGGAGAGGGAGGAGCUUCUCAGGAGGUUCAUCAAUGGAGCGACACAGAUCUGCUCCGAGCUGCACAGAGAGGGACACUGGGCCGACUUCAUAGACCCAUCCUCCGGUCUGCCUUUCUAUGGACCCUACACAAACCUGACCCUCUUUGAGACCGAUGAGAGGUACUCUGCUCUGGGCUUCUCUGUGGAGGACCUUGGGUGCUGUCGGGUGCUUCGUCACUCACUCUGGGGAACCAACGUGUUUGUGGGGACCAUAUUCACCGCUGCACUGCCUCAUGACUGUGGUGUCAUGGAGAUCCUGCAGGGACGAGCCCCCACAUUCUCCUCUGUGGGAACGGGCAUCUGAAGAUCCCAGCCUCCCCCAUGUAAACCGGUGUCUGAAUAUCCCACUGUAUUUAUCAACCACAAGACCCCAGCUCAGUCUAUGGGAGGGCAUCUGAGUUAGUGAUUUUAAAUGUGACUGGAUUGUAAAGUUUUGCUUGAUUAAAUAUAUUAUUUAUAAAUGCC